CCACACUUUAAAAUCAUUCGGCUAACGUAAAUUUAAUGACGGCGUAUAAAAUGUCAACUGGCUUCGUGAGAGUUGACAGCGAUUGCGCGCGCUUUGCUGUUGUCAUUGAAUGUUUUGUUUACGAUGCAGGAGAUCAACAAGUGAAUUCCACACCGCCAAUUAGCCACCUCAGGAUAGUCCUCCAGCAUGCUCAUUUGGCAAAAUGUAUGAGCCACAAAAAGAAUUGCCCACUCCCAGUGAUUUUCAUUUUCCAUUUCCUCCCUACGAAAUUCAACAACAAUUGAUGGUGGAGCUUUAUAAGGUGCUGGAAAAUAAAGAAAUUGGUAUAUUUGAAAGUCCAACAGGAACGGGCAAAUCAUUGACCCUUACAUGCGCUGCCCUUAAGUGGCUGGAAGAUCACGAGGCGUUGAUUAGGAAAGAGCUGCUGGAACGUUUGCAAAAAAUAACUAAAGAAGUUGAGAAGCUGGAAAAAGAACAAAAUGUGGCCACAGAUUGGAUUUUCAUGCACUCCAAGACAUCUGAACAAAAGCAGGAAUUGUUGGAGUUAAAGGGAAUAAAAAAGCUGCUGGAUGAAUAUGAAGAAAAAUUAAAUGUGAUUAAGGAAAAAAGAAAAACGCUCAAUCAAAAGAAAUCCAAUGGACAGAAAACCAAGAAAUCUACAAUUGUUGAUGGUGGCAGAGAAGAUAUUUUAGAUGAACAAAAUGUAGUUCUGGAGGAGGCAAAUAAUAGUGACGAAGAGCAAGAGGAGGAGGAAUUGGAGAAACCUGUAAAAUAUCGUGAUGUACAAAUAUUCUUUUGUAGUCGUACCCAUACCCAACUGGCUCAGGUUGUAAAUGAAAUUAAACGAACUGUGUAUGGAGAACGUGUGCGUUGUGUUUCGAUGGCCUCACGCCAACAAUUGUGUAUACAUAAAGAUCUGCGUAAAAUCAAUAAUACCGCCCUAAUUAAUGAACUUUGUUUGGAUAUGGCCAAAAACUCAAACAGCAAGGUCACAGCUUGUGAUGGUGAUGGCUGUGUCAAGAAAAAAUCCCGUGUGAAUAUGAAAUCCAUGGGAAAAUGUCCACACAAAUCUCAAACCCUUGUCCAGGAGUUGAGUGAGCUGUCUCUGGCUGAAAUUCUCGACAUUGAAGAUUUAGUAAGUGAAGGAGAGCAGCUGGAAGCAUGUCCAUAUUAUGCGGCAAGAAUGGCCACACAAAUCGGUCAAAUUGUUAUGUUACCCUAUCAGCUGCUAUUGCACAAACGUAGUCGGGAAUUGGCUGGCAUUGAUUUACGUGAUUCGAUAGUGAUCAUCGAUGAGGCACAUAAUCUGUUGGAUUGUAUAUCGGAUAUAUACAGCUGUGAAGUAACACUGGCCCAGCUACAGUCGGUGCAACACCAAAUUGUGGCCUAUAAAAUGAAAUAUGCCUCACGUUUCAAUUCGGCAAAUCUCUUGUCCAUUAAUCGUUUAAUUUUUGUUAUAAAAAGACUGGUAAAAAUACUCACAACUCCCAGCGUUGAUGCGACCACAGAUGUCAAUGAGAAAUCCAACAAAUUUCGUAUGCUCUGUACCUAUGAGCUAAUGUCCGAGGGAGAUUUUUUUAACAUAGACCUUUAUGAGCUGCUUAAAUUCUGUGAGAGAACAAGAUUUGCCCAAAAGUUACAGGGUUUUGCCAAAACUUUUACAAUGGAACCGAGGCCAAGUGAAAAUCAACCACCUCCUUCUGUGGGUGGUGGAAAAUCAUCAGCAGCUGUGGGUCUUCUCAAACGUUUACAACAGAAUCAUGAAGAAAAAUUAUCGAAAUCAAAUAAACAGAAAAAACAAGAUGAAGAUGCAAAAGUUUCCCCCAGCUUUGAGGAAAAUAAGCAGUCGUCAGCUAUGUUAAUAUCUUCCUUGAGACCGUUAUUGGCAUUUUUGGAAGCUCUCUGCGAAAAAGCUGAGGAUGGUCGUGUUCUUGUAAAUUCAGGUGAUGAAACGACCGCCUCAGGUAAAUAUGAUUCCCAGCCAAGUUUGAAAUACAUCCUUCUGCGUCCUGAGUCUCAUUUUCAAGAUGUUGUCAAAGAUGCAAGAGCGAUAAUUGUGGCCGGUGGAACUAUGCAGCCAACUAACGAACUAACCGAACAACUAUUUAGUUCCUGCCCAGAGCGGGUGAAACUACGUUUCUAUGAUCAUGUAGUACCUGAGGAUGCUGUCUUGCCAUUUGUCGUCACCAAGGGUCCAAGUGGUCGUAAUUUAUGUUUCAAUUUUACCCAAAGAUCAUCAACUGUUAUGUUAAACGAACUAUGUAGUGUCUUGGAAAACCUGUGUAAUGUUGUGCCCGCUGGCCUUGUGUGUUUCGUGCCGUCUUACGAUUAUUUAAACAGUGUCUAUGAACAGUUGCAAAAGACUGGUAUUCUACAAAGAAUCUCGAAUAAAAAACGCAUAUUUCGUGAACCACGCAGUGAUCCACAAAUUGGAGGUGCUGUUGAACAAAAUGUAGAGCAAAUAUUGGCCGACUAUAGUCGUGUCAUUAAACAUCAACAGGGUGCAUUACUUUUAAGUGUGGUGGGUGGCAAAUUGAGUGAAGGUCUUAAUUUUGCCGAUGAUUUGGGUCGUGGCGUCAUUGUUGUCGGCCUGCCAUAUCCGUAUUGCAACUCACCGGAAAUCCAAGAACGUAUGUCUUAUUUGGAUAAAACUCUCGGUGCUGGUUCGGGUGCGGAAUAUUAUGAGAAUUUGUGCAUGAAAGCUGUAAAUCAAUGUAUUGGUCGUUCGGUACGUCAUAUAAGAGAUUAUGCCUGUGUCUAUUUGCUGGACGAAAGAUAUGCACGUGAUAACAUCCAACGAAAAUUGCCACAAUGGAUUUCACGUCAUCUGCAGGUGGCUACCACAUAUGGUAAAGUUCAAGGUGGAACAGUAAAAUUUUUUAAGCAAAAGAAAUUGAAGGUCAAUGGAAAUGAGUGAAGCAACUGUUGCUUUUGAAAUCGUCUUCAAACACACCCAUACACACCCAUUACAUAUGUGGUAAAGUUCAAUGUGGAAAAGGUAAAUUCCAAUAAACAAAUUACAUUAAUACCCGAUGGAGAUGUGCGUAUGUUUUUAAUUGUUUUUACCCCGUCAUCACGCUGUUUUUCUUUUUAAUUAUAAUUCUCGAAUUUAUUAUACGUUGUUUUAGUUUAGUUUUUUAUAAUUCACUUUUUCCAAUUUGCAUUUUUAUCAAGUAUUAUUGCAUUUUUGUGUGUAUUGUAUUGUC